AUGGCCGUCAAGGGCGGUCGACCCGUCUCCAUCGAGUAUGAUGACUUACUCGUCUCGGCCGAAUCACCCAGGACUAUUGAGACAACCACCGGAUUCGAACCAACGACUUCAGGGUUCGCUUCAGGGUUCGCCCCAACUGAGUUCGUUCCUGUCGCCCGCAGUCAAUCAAGCAGCAAACGCGACCUACUCGACGACCCGACCCCCACAACUUGGGACGCCCGUCCCUCGAACGCCCGUCCGUCGAACGCCCAUCCUUCGGAUGCCCGUCCCUGGGGCGGUCAGUACGCACGCGCCAGCCCACAAACACCCAGCCGACCCCUGCUGGCCAACGAGCUCAUCGACACCGAACUACCCACACCCGUACUACCCCAGAGACACGCCAGAGAACACAUGGUUGCCUACAGCAAACAUCGCAGCUUCACCUCACAACCCAUAUCCAUGGCCAAACACCUCGUUAAUAAACAAGCUAGGAACGUGAAACACUGGCUGUCAAAACAAGCAAAGCACUUUGCUUAG